CUUCGUGCUCAGCAGUCAGAGGCAGAAAACGUAGCAUCACCAAACUCAGAGAACUCUGGCGUCUCAGUGGCUUUUUGCGAUGAUUUUGAGACGAACGGAAAAGAAUCUUUCAAAAUACUUGCAAAAACUGUUGAUGGAAGGUUGUUAUCUUGUAAACAAAUUGACCCAAGCCGUGGGAUGCAGCGAUACGAUCUCCCGGUAUUGAUACCGCAAAAAGGCGUAAAGUACAUUAAGGUAGUUUCUACCUCUGGGGAAGAUCUCUGUCUCCAAGCUGUGGCAGUAGAUACGAACAUCUAUGUUGACUUGCCAACAAACUUUAAGACUACCUGCAGCGACGAAGAAAAAACCUCUUUUCCGCCCUGUAAAGAGUUCAAAUCCAAGCUGAAGCCUCUGCGUGUUUGCCCGGACAAGAUUUCCGAGUUGCUGAAAAGAGAACAACUCAUUGAUACCUUACCGUCCCAUUAUACCGACGCGCGCCCGUUUGAAGUGCCGAUAUACGAUGCCAUUAAUGAUUAUGCCCAGGCAGGUUACGUUAUAGCUAAAGAGAUAGCAGAUCUUAAUAGUCGGGAGGGAGUCAAGAAAUAUAUCAACCAGCUUGAGUCUGCAAUGAAACUCACCAAGGUCUUCGGCGUAGAAGGGCCGCUUACCAAGAUUAACUCGAUACUGGGCGCCCUUGGACCCGCACUCGGUAUCUUCGGUGGACUCACCAGUAUCCUUACUACAGCUUUGACUCCCAAUCCAUUUGACAAGCUAGCCGAGUAUCUACAAGAGGAAUUCACCGCCGUACAUAACCAUCUUGACCGUAUGAAGGGGGAACUAAAGGAACUUAUCAUGGCUGAAGGCGCCAUGACUAGGAUGGCUGACGCGGUAGCCAGCAUUCGCUAUUCUCUCAGAGAAUUCCAAGAUAUAGCAAAGUCGCUAAAGAGAAAUCCCGUAUGUGGGACUAAUGAUUUGAUACUAGAAUACAGCGUCAAAAGGUUCGUCAGCAAGUACAAAAAAAGAGACACGAGACACAAGCUUCUGGAUCUCUUGGAAGUUGAGCUUGGAUCUCUGCCACUGACGCGUUCGCUCCUAAAGCCAUUUAUGAAAACUUACUGCAAAACAAAACCUGGCAAAGUCAAAAGGUUUGUGACAGACAUCUCCACCUACGCCUUCCUUGGGACACAAGCCCAGCUAUUUUUCGGCCAUCUGAUUUGCACUAUGCGCAAGCCAAGAAACUGUGACAGCGAGACAGGCAUGUGGGAGGAAAGUUUGAAAAAACUACUCUAUAAGGCCAAGGCUCUUAUUGUAGCUUUAAAGAGUCCGGCAGAGGGUUUUUAUCAGUUUUUUAAAGAUGAUCUAAGGCGAGAGGUAAGCAGGGAGGUUAAAGGGGAGUCGAAUACCGAAGAUGCUAAGUUGAAAAGGGUAGCUGACUUGUUCAUCUACUUUCUCUCUGAUCCUGAAAAUUGGCCAAAGAGAUGCAUUGUUGAUUCAGGCAGGGAAGUUGUUGCAUAUGUAGCCGUUAAAACAAACGCAGCAGUUGAGCGUAGAAAGAUGGGAUUCCUUAGUCCCCAUUACCUACAACGCGAAGAUGAACUCAAAUUGGUAAAAAUGAAAAUAACUAAUCUCCCACAAGAAGAGGAUUUGACGCAUAAUAUAGACGUGCCUUAUUCUUUCGAUUGUUUUAACAAUACGGCAAAGUUACAAAUUUGCAAGGUUUCAAAAAAAGAUGAUUAUGAUUACCCGAAACUUAACGAGCAUCCAAACGGCAAAUUGAUUUACAUGGAAAUAAACCCCCAAAAUGAAUACCUUAAUUUUUCAAUAAAGCCAGUCGAUGUUUUCAAGAGCCCUGAUAUUCGUGAUCCUCUUUUGCUAGGAUGUUGGAGUGGGAAAAAUUUUUUAGCAAACGACGGCGGCAACUAUAAAUGCCCGCCCUCGUAUAGUCGACGUGUUCCUCAUCAUCCCCUUGUACAGUCGGCGAGUCGUUUCUGUUUGUUUUACAAGAAUGAACCAAAUUAUCCAUAA